UUUUUGGUAAACAAAUCGUCCGAAAGAUAUUCCUCCGAGUGAUCCUGUAAUUGUUGCUUUGUUUAGCUGUGUCGUGUCAUAUUUUUCAUAACAUCGUAGUUACUGGGUGUUUCUCGUUCGACUGCAGGCAAUCGCUUGAAACAUCAAUAGGAAAACGGCAAUGGACCUACCUGCGAUACCAACACUGCCUCGAUUACCUACCGAAAUCUUGGUUUCCAUUUUUCGACAUUUAUCCAUGUCAGACCUUGCCCAAGUACGACUCACCUGCCAUCAUUGGUACGACACGGUAUGCUACAGCACUCCAUUGAUGGACAAAUUUUUACUUUCCUUCAAAAACUGUCGAUUGUACGAGGGCUGUGAACAGAGUCGCAUUCUGUCCAUGUCGAAGGGCUGCUACACCAGAGCAACUCUCAAGGCCGUGGCUAUCGAAGAGGCGGGAUCUCUGUGGCGUUCAAUUGGAGCAAAGCUGCAAGACCUUACAUUGAACGACUGUUCGAUUUCUGGCGAAACGCUUGUUCAGAUGCUGAGGCUCACACCAAAUCUUAAGUACUUUGCCCUCAAAACGACAAAAUUUGAGGAUUUUCGCAUCCAAAACGUUGUCAUCAAUUUCAAAUUGGAAAAGUUGGAAACUCUUACGCUUCGAUCCAUUUUUGUCUUCGAUGAGUGUUUCGAAAUGUUCAAGAAAAUGUGCCCACGUCUGAAGGUACUCAAACUGAACUAUUCUUCUUUUGAAGGUUGGGGUGAGAAACUCGUCCAAUUCGUGCACACGGUACGAAACACUCUGGAAGGGAUAAAUUUGAGCUAUACCAAAGUGGGAGCGCUGCUAUUGCAGAGAAUAUCAACCAUCGAACGACUCAAAUUGAAGAAGAUUUCGCUCAAGUCGAGCUAUGACCUCAAACAGCGGGAUAUUAUGCAACUGUGUCGAGUGCAACCCACGAUCAUACAUCUGAACAUCGAUAAUCUGUUCCCAGCAGACGACCAGAUGCUCAGUGAAAUCAGCAGGUCUUUGCCGAACAUGAAGCGCAUUAAGUUACACAUCUGUCGAACGCACAAUUUGCAACAAUCGUUCUUGUGUAACAUGCAGCGCCUGGAGUACCUCAAAAUAACCGACUCAACCCAUGUAGCAGGAAAUUUAGACCUCAGCGCGUAUGGAAAUACUAACUUGGAGAAGUUGUAUGUCUCGGCGGCCACUUUUUCGAGGAAUAUACUGCCCAGGUUUUUCGAAAAAUCUCCAAACAUUCGCAGUCUGACGCUGUAUCAAUGUUCGUACGAGAACAUUCAUGAUUUGCAGCUUUCCUUCGCCCACUUGAAAUCGCUCGAGUACCUUAAUUUGCAGCGUACAUUCGAUAUCGACGACAGUUUCUUCAGCCGAACCGUGUUCGAUAGUGUCAAUAUGCCGUUCGAGCGUAUUCGAUUCUAUCCCGUUACAAACCUCUCGAAGCUGUGUUACUUGAAUCUUAGUCGAUGCAGAGAUUUAUCAGACGAAACGUUGGUUGCGUUGUGCUUCCCACGGUUGAAAAAGAUUGACCUCCGAGGAUUGAACAUUACCGACUUUGGGGUACGAUCGCUAGUGAGACAGUGCCCGAGACUGGAGUAUGUCCAUGUGGACGCAUGCAAGCGGAUUUGUGAUAGCGCAGUGCUACUGUUAUGCCGUGAUUUGAAACGGCUGAAGCUGCUCAAUCUAGACGGAUGUCGAUCGAUUACAGACGCUUCGAUCGGCUAUAUAAUCGAUAACUGUCGGAUGCUGGUGUGGCUCAACAUAAUGAACUGUCCACUGUUAUCAGACGAAGCCAAACAACGGAUAGAGAGCGUGAAAAGUAUACGAUCAUUAUACGUCUAAUAUGAGGGAAUGAUGCUCGUUAGCUCGGUGGAGGGAUUUAUUUAUUGUAGAAUCGCAAGUUUAAUCACCUGUCGUAAUGAAAGACAAACUCGGAGAAAAAUAGCACAAUAACUUUUUAUCGUGAAUCGAAUUAUAUUUAACUCUUGUGACAGAUCAAAUAUUUACAACACGUUUCGUAGAUCAUAUUUAUAGUUUGUGGUGAAUCAUUAAACUAUUUUCAAGCAGGUUGUAUGCUGUUUCAUUUUUUGCCAUCGUCAAGCAUCAAACAUUAAGAAGGUAUCUAAAUUUGUAGGUUUCGAGCAUAAAGUCACGUCACUGAGAGCAAAAGUAGGAAAUCAUCACGUUACAUAUCGAAAUAUAGAACGCUGAAAUUCA